UUGAAAACCGGUUUUUCUCAGUUUUAAAGUUGCAAGAUUAUCGUUUUACUCAAUUUUGUACCUACUAUAAUAGUUGGAUACAUCAUUACAAUCUUACUUGGUUUGUUAGCGAUUUAAUAGCCGGUAUAACUAUUGGGUUGGUGGUAAUUCCUCAAAGCAUGGGUUAUGCAAAGAUUGCGACUUUACCCGUGGAAUAUGGUCUAUAUUCUUCCUUUGUUGGUGUCUCGAUAUAUUGUUUCUUUGCCACCUCAAAAGAUAUCAGUAUCGGCCCUACCGCUGUGAUGUCUUUGCUUAUGGGGCAAACUAUAGAUUCAAUUCUUAAGAUUAAUAACAACUACGCUAAUACAACAAUUGCUGCUACCUUUUCCUUGUUAACUGGAUUCGUCGCUCUUACCUUGGGUUUAUUACGUCUUGGCUUUAUUGUUGCAAACUUGUUGGGUAUAUCUGGUAUAGAUAAUAAAGAAGCUACGUAUCUGGUGCUUAUUAAAACCUUUGUUAAAUACAGUUGUUCUUUUCUUUCUCGACGUUAUCCCAACAAAGAAAGGUUGUUCUUUUUCCUCGGGAUUUCGCGCAACUUUGUUGUGGUUGCUUUAUGCACUUUUGUCGCCUAUCUGUUGAACAUUGGUCAAACCACAAGUCCUAUAAACAUUUUGAAAAAUGUGCCUUCAGGAUUUGACCAUAUUGGCACGCCCAAUCUUGAACCGGAUCUCGUAAGACUUGUUUGCGGAUACCUUCCCGGUAUUUCGGUUGUUUUGAUUCUGGAACACGUAGCCCUUGCAAGGAGUUUUGGAAGAAUAAAUGACUAUAAAAUUGUUGCCAGUCAAGAACUCAUUGCUAUCGGUGCUACCAAUGCGCUCGGUUCAUUCUUUGGUGCUUAUCCUGCUACUGGCUCCUUUUCACGUAGCGCUAUUAAUGCAAAAUCUGGUGUACGAACUCCUCUUGCCGGUUUAUAUUCAGAAAUUGCCUCAUCUAAUGGUGACGGUUCCAAACAAUUCACUUAUGUUCCAUUGUGUCCAUUGUUUCAAACUGCCCAAAGUCCACCUAAUGGUGUUCUAAUAUUUCGAUUUGACGAAUCACUAACCUAUCCUAAUUCGAGUUAUAUUGAAGAUCAAAUAGUUCAUCAUGUUAAAUCUAAUACUCGUCGAGUGAACAAGAUCGCUGAAAAAGUUGGUGAUCGACCAUGGAAUGAUGCUAGUGGCAAUUAUGAAAAUAAAGCAUUAGAAAAUUCAAAAUUACCAAAAUUAAAGGCAAUAGUGUUCGACUUUUCAGCGGUUAGCACAAUAGAUACUACUGGUGUACAGGCAUUGGUAGACAUUAAAAAGAAUUUAAACAGAUACACUGGAGAUAUCAUAGAAUACCAUUUUGCAAAUAUUCUUAAUGAAAAGAUACAACGUGCAUUAAUAGUCGCUGGAUUUGGUGGCACUGAACAACCGAAAUUAGUUAUUGAUGUUGGGAUUCACUCUACUGAAGAAUCAUCUGACGAAAAUUCUGAACUUACUCCGACUGAGAUUGAUAUGCCUAAUGAGACCAUUGUGAAUACGGUUAGAAAGAAAUACCUUCAUUUAAGUUUGCAGGAAGCUGUUACAGCUGCUACUAAUGGUGUUUGGUAG